UCUGCUCAUGCGCCCAUGAAGAGAUGCUGCUGCUGCUGCUGAUGAUGUUCAGAGGUGUGUGCGCUGCGGCGGGCUUAUUUACACCCGUUCAGUCACACUGCAUCAAAGAAAAGCUCUAGCGCUCCUUGGGAAAUGGACUUUCUAAAGGGAUUAAUGUGUCUCUGCGGUGAUACUUCUCAAGCUCUAAAUUUGCAUCAUCAGUCCCACAAGUUGUUCCUUCAAACAGUGUGGAAAGGAUUUACGCAACCACAUUACUGAAGAGGAUUCUAUGACUUGCUACAUCCACAAUUUAACUGCGUAUCAGAGAUGCCCCCUUCCAUAAUGUGGUGCAUUAGGUGGGCUGUCUGCUUGUCCUUUAUUCUCGCACUGAUCCCCAGGUCCAGAGGAUCGAUGCUGAAUUGUCACAAAAUGUGCAUAUGCGCCAGCAACAUCGUCAGCUGCUCCAAGAAGAACUUGACGAUGGUUCCGUCCGAGCUGCCCAACUACACAGCUGUGCUUGACAUUAGCUUUAACGAGAUAACCGGACUACGCGCACAGUGGACCAGGCACAAACUUCCCAACCUUCACAACCUCUUGCUCAGCCACAAUGGUUUGUCGUUCAUCUCUUCUGACGCGUUCAUUUUCGUACAGGAAUUGCGCUACUUGGAUCUGUCAUCGAAUAAACUGCGACAGCUAGACGAGUUCAUUUUCGAGCCGCUGACACAUCUGGAGGUUCUGCUGCUCUACAACAACCAGAUCUCGCAGAUCGACCGCACAGCCUUCUCGGGCCUCAACAGCCUGCAGAAGCUGUACCUGAGCCAGAACCAGGUGUCCCGCUUCCCCCUGGAGCUCGUCAAGGACAAGAGCCGUCUGGACAAGCUGAGCCUGUUGGACUUGUCUUCCAAUCGGAUCAAAGUUCUCCCCAUACAAGACCUCCAGCCGCUGCCGGCCUGGAUCAAGAACGGGCUGUAUUUCCACAACAACACCCUCAUCUGCGACUGUGAGCUGUACAGUUUGAUGGCUCAUUGGUAUAUCCGACGGCUCAAUUCAGCUGUGGACUUCAAGGACGAACACACCUGUGUGCACCCCAGCCCAGAUAAACGGGUGCUGCGUUUAUACGAUCUCAACACUCAUAUGAACUGCAGCACAUUUAAAGAAACCGACCAAGAGGCUUAUUUGGAGCAGACGCUCACCCUCAGCUGUGAUACCAAACAGCGGAAUAUGACCAAGACCUGGAUGCUGCCUGGAAACAUAAUCGUUCCUUCUGACAGGAACCAGAGCGAUACAAAUAAUGCCAAGUUUGUGAGUAAUGGCACCCUUGAGAUAAAAUCGAUACUCCCUGAGGACUCAGGUGUGUACACUUGCUUCGCUGUGAGUGAGUACUUCAACGAAACGCUCUAUGUGGUGGUCAGAGUCCACAACUACACCAUCAACGGCAACAGCGAGACGCUCAACACUGCGUACACCACUCUGGUGGGCUGCUUGGCCAGCGUGGUCCUGGUACUUAUCUAUUUGUACCUGACACCCUGCCGCUGCUUCUGCUGUCCAGACCAGGGCAAAAAGAACCAGCAUGAAGACAGCAUCCACUCCUCCAUGCUCAGUGCCACCCCGACGCACGAGGAUAUGGCAACCAAAGCCGAGCUCAACAGGCACGUGGCCUUCAUAGACUCCAAGGACCUGCAGGGACAGAACGGAAAGGUGAAUCCUAAUGGAGACGAAGAAGUGGAUGAGGAGGCCAUGCAGGGAAAAGGAAAGCGGAAGAAAUCGGUGGCAGACUCUAUUAGUUCGGUCUUUUCUGAUACUCCCAUUGUAGUCUGAGGGAGGAUGUGUCUUUUUGGCUAGAGACAGUUCUUUGUUGUGGCUUUCCUGGACUAAGAGACUAAAGUACACAGUUUGCCAUCCUCAGUGUUUGGCUGUUUCUGCAAAACCUUUCCAGCAUUUUAAUCUGUAGCACUUAAGUAUAUACUGUGAAAAGGUCUUGCCAUAUUAGUGGAAUCUAAACUUGGAGUGUUUAGAUGUUCCUGUGAGUUUAAGCCCACUAAGUGAGACUAGAGGUAGUAUAACGGAUAAACAACAAAUGCAAUUUGCGAUUUCUCAAUAAUCAAGCUAGAAAGCUAUAGGUUGAGAGACGUUAGAACAUUAAUGCAUCCACUAUAUAAUCACAUCAUAAGCAUGAGCUUUGCAGACUGCUAAGAAGAAUAUAGAAUGAAGCUCUUGUAGCUAAUUAUAUUUACCACAAUUUAUGCUAAUCUUACCACUUUAUGUAAAGCCAUAUGCAUUUGAGAGGACAUUCACAAGAAAACGAUGGAAAAGUAUUUGUUUCUGUGGAACAUUAGAGGAAACACUUUGUAUAUGAAACAUUCUCCACCUUUAUCUGGUAAAGGGAAGAAAAACAAUUCUGGUUAAACUCGAUCAGCUGUUUGAAUCUAAACUUUUUCAGUCCAAUUUUAUUAGCAAUUUUAGAAGUUUAAAUGCUGGAUGCCAAUAUAAAACUAUCAUCUUUAUGAAACUAUAUUUAAAUACAGCCAUUUUUGAACCCAUUAACCAUCACAUAAAAAAUGCAGAACCUGUGCAUUUUCAGCCGCUCGAGCUCAUCUGUCAUGACAACCAGGGAGUGACAUAUAACCGAAAUGCUAAUGCAAUCUUUUAAUAGAAUGACGUGUCCCAUCUGCUUGCAUUCUCAUCUUUAAAGCAAUGAUGAUUUGAGCCUGGAUUCAACAGCCAAAACAGUUUCGAACACUCAGACCUCUUCUCACUUUGCGUUCAUUUGCACUUGGUGCUGACUCAUCCAUUGUCAGAAUGGAUGUCAUAUUUAAAGCCCCUGAAGCGCAUAUGUAAUAAAAUGCCAAAGGCUGAGGGAAUUUUUAAUUAUUAUUAUUAUUAUUAUUUUUAGUUAAAACCAUUAUAGCUUUCUGAAUGAAUUAGAAAAUCAAGUUUGAAGUUUGAAAUCUGGUCGAAACGCAGUGAUUAGCCGAAUCUCCCUCAUGUUCUGAGAUUCUAAAUUAUUACUACAGGCGUACAGCAGUGAUCUCUCAAAGACCAAUAUUAUAUUUGCAUAUACAAUGCCAUAGGAAUCUAAAGAGACUGCUAUGAAUCAUAAUGUAAUGCGUGAAGCUUCUUGGCUGUGCUCAAGAUCGAUGACUAGAUGCAUUCCAACCAGAAAUCAACAUUAUGCAUUUUGAUUGCAACGUUAUUGUCAUGGUGGACUGAAAGGGCAUGGUAGGACUGUUCUAGAACGCCAGUCAAUGAUGUUAGAGAACCAGACGUGGAUUUAAAACGUCCAGUGCACAUGGUCUCUAGAACCCUUAAUUCCGGGAAUGCCACUUCCAUUAUUGUGUUCCUGGAACAUCUCACGUGUUAACCAUAACCACAUAUUUAUAACAGGGUCUGGUUGGGAUCAGCGAGAGCAAUCUUAGUUUCCUCCGACCUCUUUCCCUAGUAACAUCGUAAUUACAUCCUGUUUUGCGAGCGAGGGAGUGGGUGAAGCUAUUAAAUGUUUGAUAGGUGGAUGAACUCACAAACAGUGUUAUCUCAGGGAGAGGGAAUGACAGAUAAUAGCAGCUAUGGCAGACUGCAGUCAUGGGCAGUUAGGGUCUCUUACACGUCUCUCCAGCUGCAAUCCAAAAUUAGUGUGGAGGGGAGGGAAAGGCCUUACCAUCACGAGCGCUGUGGGAGGAGGCCUGAGAUCUCUGCGGUCUGUUCGCGAAGAGACAGAAAAGCCAAGUGCUCCCCCUAAAACCACAUCCAGCAGCUUAUCGCCCCUGUCGUGUGUGUUCUUCUGAACUGUGUGUCCUUGGCUAUAUCUCAUUACUCCACAUUUGACAGUACACCUGUGCUCUUGUAUGUGCAAACAGUGUUUGUUUUUACAGUGUUUAUGAGAUUGUGUCAUUUUAGGUAGCCUUUUUCCCCUUGAGGUUCCAAAGAGACUUAACUGAUUCCUUGUUCUUCUGUGUAUUGUUGUUCCUAUACAGUUGUCUAGAUUCCACUUGUGACUAUUGGAUAUUGGUAAAACCUCUUUUAAUG